AGCCCCUCUGAGCAUACUCAGCUUUUCUUGUGACCAGGGUAAAUAUUACCUGACACUGUUAAUAUUUAAUGUCCCCCACCUCUGUCCUGGCCACCCCACGGCAGACACUAUCCCCGAAGCAGAGGCUUCAGGAAGACUGUGGAGAAGCCCUGGUGGUUGGAAAAAUGACAGGGCUGUCGACUGGUGAUGGUGGCAGCGCCAAGGGGGCAGAGGACCCAUUUCACUACGACUACGAGACUGUCCGCAAAGGGGGCCUGAUCUUUGCGGGCCUGGCCUUCGUCGUGGGGCUCCUCAUCCUCCUCAGCAAAAGAUUCCGCUGUGGGGGCAAUAAAAGGCACAGACAGGUCAAUGAGGAUGAGCUGUGACAACAGAGCCACCAGUGCCCACCAGUGCAUGGGCGCUAAGGAUGCCCAUCUUCCCCGCUGUACUCCACUGUCCCGACACAGCCUGCACAGGCUGAAGGAUGUGCCGGGCUCGCUAUGACCCCCUCAUGGUCAUCCACUCAUGCCUCUUGACCCUUAACUUCCUUCCUCCCCUCCCCAGCUCCUCUCACACCCCACUUCCUGUUCCAAGUUGGGGUAUAUGUGCAGCCCCGUCUCACUGGUUUUCAAUGAAUCAUUCUGGCAAGUACCUGCCAAUGAAAGUAGGCCUGGUA